AUGCCGGCAGAGCCCCCUACACCCAUUGAAACCAGCAUCCCCAACCGCAGCUACCUCCUCAAACUCGACUGCAUCUCCUGCCCCUUCCUCAUUCGCCCCUCCAACCGCAACCAAUGGGAAAAAGACCCGCGCUCUAACCAAUUGACCCUAGCGCUCUACAUUGAUGGUCCCCACCCUCACCUCUUCCUCCAAGGUGAAACCCUCAACCCACUUUAUUACGAGCGCCGGGCGCCCUCGUUCUACAGCCAACCGCAUCCCUUCGCCCCGCCCUUCACUGCGAAUCAGAUUGGUGUGAAUGAGACGUUAGAGCAGGAAGAGAAUAACAAUGGAUGGGGGAUUCCUGUACGGCAGUUCGAGUUGGCGUAUGAGUUUGAUGUGGUGACCUAUGCGCCGAAGGAUAAGGUACGGGAGUGGGAGGUUCUCAUCGAAUUUCAGAUUACGGGGUUGAGGCAUGAGGAGCAUGUGCCGAAGGAUAUCCCUUUCUCAGGUGGCGUGUCUUCUCCGGAGACGGAGGGCGUGGUGCCGGGUGUGACUAGCGUUGUUAGGCUGGUGCUGGGGUAUACAGCAUUCGAGGAGAUAAGGAUCGAUGCUUUGGAGCUGAUGCCGAAGGAAACGAUGGCUAAAGUCGCGGGCAAACAGAUCGAAGUACUGCGCAAGGCGGCGGAAUCGAAGGGGGAGAAGAGUAUCACAACUGCAAAUUGGGGCGGAAGGCUGCGCGAUAUCAACGGUCCAGACGGCAAGGACAUAUAUACCGAGCAUGCCUCGUUCAAGCCGGGGGAGUGGAAUGACUGCGGUAGGAAGGAUGAGUGGGGGAGGCAGAUCAUGUGCAAGGUGGACGACUUCAAGGCGUGGUCACCAAUGAUAUUCGUGAUAUCACUAAUGUUGCUGGCGGUCGUAUUGAUCGGGAUAUUUGUUUUGGUUGUGUUUAUGGCCUGGCUCGCAAUCCGCUUCCUGGGAGGCCAGAAGAUUCAGGAGGUGGUCACGGCUAAGGGCGAGAAUGAUGCUUUGCUGCUCUUUGGGGAUGAAGAGCUUUGA